CAAUAAGGGGAGGGGGCGGGGCUUGGGAUGAGGGGUGGGAUCUAAGGAGGAGGGGGAGGGGCAAAGCGCCCAGGCCCCGCCCCCUCUGGAUCGGGAUCGUCGGUCAGAGCCGGAGCUGCUGAGACCCCCCAAAAAAACCCCAAAAUUGGGUCAGAGCCCCUAAAAUUGGACUCUGAGACCCAAAACUGGAAUCAGGCGCUCCAAAUUCGGCCUUUGAGACUCAAAAAUUGGACUUUUGACACCCCAAAAUUUGGGUCAGAGACCCCAAAACCGGGCUCUGCCCCUCCCCCAGCCCGGGUGUCGCCCCCUCGGUGACGUCGCUGUCCCCGGGAUGCGGUGACGUCCCCGGGACCCCCCUGGAGCGGCGCCGGGACCCCCAAAUCCGGGCUCAGGACCCCCUGGGGGUCACCUGCUGUCACCUGCAGCCACCUCAGGUCCCCCCAUGGCCGAGGGCGGCUCCUCCCCCCGUGUCCCCCCCCGGGAGGUGACAGAGCCCGACCCCGCCUGGGGACAGCCCGGGGGGGGCACCGGGGGUGGUGGCACCGUCACCGUCACCCCCUGGGCCAGCGGCAUCACCAUCACCGUCACCGCGGCCCCGGCGGAGGAGGAGGUCGAGGACGUUGGGGACAUCGGGGAUAUUGGGGACACUGAGGACAUCAAGAACAGUGGGGACAUCAAGGACUCUGGGGACGUUGGGGACAUCGGGGGUGUUGGGGAUGCUGGGGACAUCAGGGACAUCAGGGACCUUGGGGACAUCAAGGACAUUGGGGACCUUGGGGACACGGGGGAUGCUGGGGACAUCAGGGACAUCAGGGACCUUGGGGACAUCAAGGACAUUGGGGACCUUGGGGACAAUGGAGACAUCAAGGACAUUGGGGACCUUGGGGACACGGGGGAUGACAUUGGGGACCGUGGGGACAUUGGGGAUGCUGGGGACAUCAGGGACAUUGGGGACAUCGGGGACAUCGGGGACACCAUGGUCACCAGUGAUGGAGGACAGGGCAAUGUCCCCGUCCCGUGUGUCAGGGACAUUGGGGACAGCGAUGUCACCGCCCUGAGGGACACUGGGGACAGGGACAUGGGGGACAGGGACAUGGGGGACAGCGGUGUCACCGUGCCGGGGGCCGCUGGGGACAGGGACAUGGGGGACAGGGACAUGGGGGACAGCGGUGUCACCGUGCCGGGGGACGCUGGGGACAGAGACAUGGGGGACAGGGACAUGGGGGACAGCGGUGUCACCAUGCCGGGGGACGCUGGGGACAGGGACAUGGGGGACAGGGACACUGGGGACAGUGGUGUCACCGCCCCGGGGGACGCUGGGGACGGGGGUGCCGCCAUCCCUUGGGACAUUUGGGACAGCGAUGUCCCGGUUCCUGGGGACGAGGACACUGAGGGCCAGAACGGCGCUGUCCAGCUGGUCAAGGACACUGGGGACAGGGACGAGGGGGACAGCGGUGUCACCGCCCCAGGGGACGAGGGGGACAGCGAUGUCACCGCCCCGGGGGUUGGGGGGGACGGGGAUGUCACCGCCCCGGGGGACAUGGGGGACAGGGACGUUGGGGACGGGGGUGUCACCGCGGCGCCCGGGGCCGAGGGCACGGCGGCCGUGGCGGGGGAGGCUCUGGGCGCUGUCGCCUGCCGGGCCGGCGGCAUCACCAUCACCGUGCUGGCCCCGCCCCCGGAGGACGAGGAGGCCCCCGACGAUGACGUCAUCGCCUAUGACGUCAUCGCCGCAGCCGGAGAGGGCGAUGACGUCGCAGAGGGGCGGGGCGGCCCCUCCCCUCCUCCCGUUGGUGACGUCACGGCCGAGGGUGAUGUCACUUCCUCUGUGCCGAGGGAUGACGUCACUGCUGAUGUCGUCGACAGCGAUGACGUCACUUCCUCUGUCCCGGAGGAAGCUCUCGCUGGUGACGUCAUCGCAGGCAGUGAUGUCAUCGUCUCCCUCCCUGGGAGUGACGUCACUGGUGAGGUCAUCACCCCCGGGUGUGACUUUGUUGGUGACGUCAUCAUCGGCCGUGACCUCGACGAUGACGUCAUCGCGGGGAGUGACCUCCCACAAGAGGAGGAUGACUUUGCCAAUGACGUCAUCGCCGGACACGACCUCGCCGAUGACGUCAUCACACUACAUGACCUCACUGAUGACGUCAUUGGCCCUGAGAGCAACCUCGUUGAUGAUGUCACCGAGCAUGGCUUCCCUGAUGACGUCAUCACCUGGGGUGAUGUCACACCCCUGCUCCCCAGGGACGAUGACAUCACGCCCGGAACUGACGUCAUCGAUGACACCAUCAGCGUGGACGCCCACAUCGAUGACGUCAUCGCCAUCCACCGUUUGCUACCUGGGGGUGACGUCAUUGAUGACGUCAUCCCCGGUGGGCACCUCCUCGAUGACGUCAUCCAUCAAGACGACCUCCUCGACGACAUCAUCAAGGAUGAUGGCAUCAUCAAGGAUGAUGACGUCACCUUCCCCGGCCUGAGCUCCCUCCCCGCCGAUGACAUCAUCACCACUGAUGACGUCACCUCCUCUCUGCUGGGUGACGUCACCGGGGACCUCGACGGCGCCUGGGACGACCUCGCCGAUGAUGUCACCACCGACGAUGACGUCACUCCCUUCCUGCCCUUGGACCGCCCCCCGGGCCCGGAUGACGACGUCACCGAUGACAUCACCGAUGACAUCGCCGAUGACGUCACCCCCGGGGCGGAGCAGCCGCUGCUCGGGGCCGCCCCCUCCGGCCGCCGCCACGACGUCAGCGAUGACGUCAGCGAUGACAUCACCGAGGACGCGCCCCGGGAGGGCGGGGCAGGCGCCCCCCAGACGCCCCCCCCCCGGCUGCCCCCUGCUCUUCCUCGCCCUCCUCUGCCUCCUGCUCGCCCUCCUGCUGCUCGCCGGGCUCUGCGCGGCCGUUCAUUACGUCAAGGUUUUCAUCAUCAGCUCGGCCGCGCUGGCGGUGCCGCCCCCCGAGGCCUUCCCGUGAGCCAAAAGCCCCCAAAGUCACCCCAAAACCGCCCCGGGAUUCCAAUAAAUCCAAUUUAAAAAAAAAA